AUGGUCAGUUGGGAAGUUCCCGACUUUGCAGAGGCCUUGGUCUUGGGCGUGUCUUCCUUCCGAGGCCCAGGCUGGAGAGCUUUGAGAAAUGCCGGCGGGGAAGCCGAUCGCUUGGCAGAGCAGUUUCAACACUUGGGCUGCAGGAACGUGCUGAGGCCCCCAGAAGCAGAAUUGACAGGAAACGGCAUUCACAAGCAUCUCAAGGCCUUCGUACACCGAGUUACCGAUGCAGUCGGCUCCUGCCCGGAAGAGCAGCAGCUCCUGGUCACCUGUGCCAUACUCUCGCAUGGCUUGGGAAGAGACGGCCUCACCCUUCCGGAGAUUGCCGGCUCCGACUCCCUGGGCCCCGAAGAUCGCCAGUCGCAUGCAGUCCUUGACGAAGUUCUCUUGAAGGAGUUGAACCGAGUGGAUCUGGCUGGGAGGUGUAAGCGCCUGAAGGUCUGGUUGAUUUUGGACUGCUGCCGCGAGGAUGCCGGCAAUGACCUCUGGCAUCAGGAGCAUUUUCGUCUGCUGAAUCCCCGUGGGUGCCCCGACGACGUCUCCAGGUUUCACAGCACUCGGGGACCCGGGAAGGAGCAAUUGCUGAAGAUGCUGUCGAAGUCCAGCGUGGAUUUCAUGUUGUUUCUUGGCUGUGAUCCUGGGAGGAUCGCGGACGACGACUGUAGCUGCACCUCAGCACUUCUCCCUCAGCUGAAAGCGGAUGUUGUCAAAAUACAGGAGGCAUGCGAGAACGCGGCUGACCAGGUAGAGAAGCUGUCCGGAGGAAAAGUUCGCCCCUGGAUACAAAGUCGAGGGAAUUUCCGUUACGUUGCUUUGCAGAGAAACUCCACACGUCCAACAGAAGGCGACACUAGGCUUGGCCAUUACCCUACUCUCCUGGGACAGGCUGAAGAUGCGACGCAGCUGAAGAUGACUCCACCGCACCAUCACUCUGAUUCACACCGCCAAGGUACAAUUUUCCGCACCUUUUACAUUCCGUGUGUUUGGGUGUUCUGUCUUGCCUUUCACCUGGCUACGUACAUAUCCUGGUUUCGAGGAAGCUGCCCAGUCCAGUGCAACUCUCGUUGCACUGUGCCGCCAGCUUGGAUAUCGUUCUGCUGGGCAGCUUUCACUAGACCCAAGCAGGAGCCAAUCCCGGAACUUUGCAGCAACAGCUGUGCGAGAAGCUUAUCUUUGCAUUGGACAUCCAUAGAAAGCGUGCACCUCCGCUAUGUUUAUCCAUGCUUCCACAUCAUACAGGCCAUCGGCGAAGUGACCCAGGAGAGUGAUCAUCUUGGUGCCUGUGUGUCGCUUGCCCUUGCUCUCUUCUGGAUCCUGUUGUGCCAAGCUUGUGAUGUGGUGCUGCCCGUUCUUGAGCAGUGGCGUGAAAGCUCUUCUGAGGACGACGUGAAGAGGUGUUCCGCGGUGUGGAGGUGGCUGUUCUGUGCGUCGUUCUGCAACUCGAUCUACUCCUUCCGGCUUCUUCUGGGAGGCUCCGAUGCUGACUUCAGAAUGGUGGAAGUUCAGUUUCAUCUCAUUAUGUUUUUCUUCGCGCUUGGAGUAGUCUUCACUUUUGUCCAUUGCUGCAACCUCGAGAAGAUCCUGCAGUCACCGACCAUGUGCCUGUGGCAGUUCAUGCUCUUACUGACGAUCGUGUGGAUCAUCUGCCACGGUGCCGUGAAGGACGGGAUGGCGACAGCCAAGACAGCUUUCAACUUUGGCCUCCUUCUCGAGCAUGUCUUGCUGAUGCUGUCAUCAGCUCUGGUGAUGAUCGUUGUUCACCGCCAGGGAACAGAGCGUAAGGCCGCAGGGCUGGCCGAGGCUACCCCGUGCUCCACGCCGCAGCGCUUUCCGCGGGCCAGGGAGGCGCAGGGUUCCGUUCCCUUCGAGUCGUUACCAGCGCAGAUCUCCUCACCCUCCACGGAGGUCGUCUACUCAGAGAGGGUGCCAGCACGACCGUCGUUGCCAGCCACCCCCGAGGGCCGAGAGCCCAGCGCCAGUCCUCCUCGCAGCCCUCCAGGCAGUGGAGUCCGGACGUCAAGGUCGGACCUAGCUGAUUCCGCUUGCACGCAAGGCGCCGGAGUCCUGCUUGACUUCCUCACGAGCCUGCUUUACACCAUGAAGCGACCCUCGAAGGCGGACCGGCCUCGGGCCUGGGAGGAGCCGAACAGCGAGGGCAGAUCCGAGGUACAACAUCAGCUUAUUUAUGACCUAUUCGUCAGCACGCCGCUGAUCUCGACCAUGUUCCUGCUUGUUGACAAGGAGUCCGGCUCCGUGCCGCUUUUGACGGCCCUGUUGCAGCAU